UGCUAAUUAAAGAGCAAUUGUAGGGGCAACAGGUGUAAGUUAUAAAAGCGUCUGAAUUGCGCGAGAUGACAGAGAUUUUGUAGCUCUCCAAAUUUAGUGCACUUUUCUUCCCCGCACACUGAAUUUAAGUCACGUUCACAUUUGAGUAUUGCGGUGUUCUGUAUCCCGGUGCAGCGUCUUUCUGACAUAGAAUUCACACGACAAAAUGGAAGAGGUGAACAGUCCUCCACACUCAAUGGGAAGUGGGCAACCACAUCAGCAUCCAGUUAAUCACUCAAGACCGUUUUUCUAUGUUCAACCACCUUCUCAACCGUACUACAUGUACCAAUGGCACAUGAACAAUCCAUACAGCCACUAUGGCUUCCCUGGAUCAGGUCUCCAUUUUGGACGUCCAUACAUGGCCCCCUACCCAUACAUGCAGUAUCCAGGCUACGUUAUCCCACACGCGCCGAUGCAACCAGUCGACUACCGAAGGGUUUUCAACCCACACUUCCCUUCCGCGGCCGGCUACGACAUCCGAUUCCGCCACCACCAGCACCACCAGCACCACCAGGCCCACUUCCGGCGGGAGACCGCCUGCUCGGAGGCGCAGACCGACCCGAGCGACGCCGUGAACAAGCUCAUCGAGAGCCUGGAGAGGCUCCGGACCCGCGGCCCGGUCGCGGAGAAGGAGCUCGAUUCGGGAAUGGUCUCCCAGGGCUCCGGAACCUUCCUGACGGACGGGGACUCGCAGAGGCAGGAGCGGGGCGAGGAGGCCGAAGCUUUGCCCGCGAACUCCUCCUCGUCGUCGUCAUCGUUGUUGUCCUCGUCGUCGCUGUUGUCCGUGUCGGAGGGAGCCCGCUCGCCGAAGUCCAUCGCACCGUUUGCCGGCUUGCCCGGAGCCACGCGCAAGGCCGAACUGAACCAGCGGUGUUUCGAGGAGCUCGUUCCGGAGGAGGGCUGGUCCGAGGGCCCCGAUGGGGUGCUUCCCCUCGACAGCUCCUCCAUCCACGAGGAGAAUGUGACCCAGAAGAAGGAGGAAGAGGAAGAGGAAGAGGAAGAGGAGGAGGAAGAAGAGGAGGAUGAUGAGUUUGAACUUCACUGCGUACCUGAGAAGCUGUCUAGCACACACACGGACGGCCAAGGAAGCAGCGGGGAUGCUAACGGCCAGGCGGCGGCGGCGGCUUGUGGGGUCAAAGUUCAAUCCGAGUCGACGCAGGCGCAGCAGCCUGGUGCCACGCAGGACAGCGAAGCGCCCCGUGAGAAAACGGCCACUCGCUCUCGGCCGGCCCCGGAGUCGCCUGCGUCUCCGCCCCCCGGCUGGCCGGGUGAAGAGGGCGACCGAGAGCCAAGCAGCCGCCAGGUUUCCAAGGCGACCGAGAAGCUCCCCGGCGACGCGGCGGGAGGGAAAGACGACGCUCCGGAGAGGCCGCCCGUGGAGCCGAAGGACCCGCCCUACCGGAUCCUGCGGCUGCCCUGCGACAAGGCGACGACGGCCGGGCUGCUGCACAGGGACGACCCGCUGUGGUACAUGGACUCGCUCUCUGCCCUCGUCCCGCCGCACGCCUACCUGUCGUCCUUCGGGAACACGGCCGCGUGCUACUACAGCUACUACCCGCCCGCCGCGGCCCAGGAGAGGCAGAGCGUCCUCAGCCCCUCGCUGGACGAGCUCUCCUCCCGGGACGAGCUGUUCUCCACCGACCUCGAGGACAUGGACCUGAUCUCGGGUCACGUCUACGCGGGCGGGCGGCUGGCCGAGGCCCCCCGCGAGGCUCGGGACCCCGCGGGCGACGAGGGCAAGGCGAGAGCCGGCUCCUUCCAAAAGCGGUGCCCCGUCUGCCCGACGAUGAAGAAGUGCUCCAGCUGCGGCUCGAAGCUCCUGAAAGAGACCAGGAAGUGCAAGGCGGCUCGCUGCGCCCACGGGACGCGCGACUACCGCGCGAAAGAGGACACCGACGAAGGGGCGGCCGAGGAAGACGAGGAGGAGGAUGAGCGAGACGAAGACUGUGACAAAAUGCCGAGGGACGCCGGCGAGACCGGGACGGCCCUGCCGAAAAGGCCGCCUCACUCAAGGAGGCCUCUGCAGCCGCCCCCCGUCCGACAGCCGCCCAAAACGAAAUCCAAGAAGGGCUACUGUGAGCGGCCCGGCGAGCCCGCGUCCCCGGAGGAGGCCCCCGAGUACCUGCGGGUGACGGAAUGCUGCGAGGAACACAAGACGCUGGCGAAAGCCGAAAGGUGCAAAGGACAGGAACCGAGGAGUGCUCAGUCCAGACCUCACCCAGACAGACAGUGGAGGGAGAGCUCCAUGGCAUCGGAGCAGGAGAGCUGGGAGAGCUGUGGAGUCAAACCAAGACCAAAGUCCUGCAAACCCUGUCCUUCAUCACGGGGAGAAGAGAAGCCUUUGCACAGGUCUUCCUGUAAUACGCUUGCGUGUCAGAGGUCUCGCAGGACCGACUACAACGACAACGAGGAAAUGGAGUCUCCACAGUGCCAUAGGGGAAGAGGGUCCACUAAGAGGUGGCACAAGACGCAAAAUUGAAUAACACUGCAUUCACCUAAAAGGGGAAAAAAAAAAAAAAAAGACAAAAGAAGAAAAUGUUAAGAAGCACUUAAUAUGAAAUGCUCACACAGCACACUGUAAAAAAUCAUUGGCGGGACAUUCUUGUAUCUGUACACUGUGGGUUUUUGUUUUUUUGUUUUGUUUUGUUCGUUUUUUGCUUUUUGUAUUCGCUUUAAAUCCAAGCUGCACUUUCACUGCCUGAUGAUGUCACAUCGGAACGCUCGUGGAUUCCGACCCUGCUCUUAAACCACAGGGGCCCCGACCCCACUGGACACCGCCUUGACUUUUGUCAAGCGAGUCGGUCCGUUUUGGAGGGCGAGGAAGGCACCUUCCUGGAGCUCUGCUCCUGAGCUUAUCCAGGUGGGGGGGGCAGCUCACUGGGACUGGGGUCCUCGGGCGCACCUGGCUGUUUUUGGGCAUUGGAAGAGCACUCUUGUAGAGUUCCACUCUUGUAGAUUUUUGGCAGCUGAUUGGGUGGGUGUUUUUGCUACUGGAGGUGCCGCUGUUUUUUUUAAAGAUCAUUGCGAUGUUUGAUGUGCAGUAUCAAUUGUUGCCUCCACAUGACUGCACUGUAAAUAAAAUCUUUUGCAUUGCACUUAA